GUUCCGUUUCCUUUAAUAUGUUUAUAAAGAUUAUUUUGUUGGAAGCUACUAUGAAAUUGUUUCUUUCAGUGACUUUAAUUGCCGACAUUUUUCUCAGUUGGGGGAGACUCUUUAAGCCGUUUGCGAUGCGAGCCCAUCGAGCAGUCGACGAUCAGCUGGCGGCGAUGAGCGACACCGCGAAAUGCAUUCGCUGUGCCCCCGGCUCGUUUUGUAAGAGCUCCACUCCAGUGCCCUCCAGUUCCCCUCAGCGGAAUCGCCAAAUGUCAGCUGGAGCUGAGUACUUCCAGCUGACCGACAGUCAGUUCGCGAGCACGGCCAUCACGCAGCUGGAGGAAGGGGCCACGCCCCAGCUGCCGACUGAGGAGGAGCUGGCGCUGUGGCUCCAUAAUGAAACACGGGUACUCUGCAUGGUGCUGACACUGCCGAAGAAUCACCAAUCAAGAGUGAAACGAGUGAAGGGGACGUGGGGCAGGCGUUGCAACAAACUGAUCUUCAUCAGCAGCCAGGAGGAUCGGGAACUGGGCGUCAUCGAUGUGGGCGUGCCCGAGGAACGGAACAACCUGUAUCUCAAAAUGAGGAAGGCCCUGGAGUAUGUGUACCGGAACCAUGGGGAGGACUACGACUGGUUCCUCAAGGCAGAUGAUGACACCUUUGUGAUAAUGGAAAAUCUGCGCUUCAUGCUCUAUCCCUAUGAUCCCGAGGCAGCGCUCUACUUUGGCCACAGAUUCCGCACCACCUUUCCGCAGGGCUACAUGUCCGGAGGAGCCGGCUAUGUCAUGAGUCGGGAUGCACUGCGUCGACUCAAUCUCUUUGCCUUCAACAACAGCCAAUUCUGCCCGAUCAACAACAAUUCAGAGGACAGGCAGAUUGGCUUCUGCCUGCAAAAUGUGGGAGUAGUUGCAGGCGAUUCGCGGGAUGAGGAAGGCCGAGAUCGAUUUCUGCCCUUGUCCCUCAAGUUUAUGCUGCCCACUUUUCCCACCGACAAUUGGCUGCCCAAACUGACAUUUUAUGAACCAGUGAAUGAAACUGGCUCGACUUCGGGAAUUAGCUUUCACUAUGUCAAAAUCCACGAGUUCGAAAUGUAUGAAUACCUGCUAUAUCGAUUGCACAUUUUUGGAACUCCCUUGUCCCAGAGAUCGCUGCCACCCAGACUGAGUCCCGAUGAACUGCAGAACCAGCUCAAUCAGUGGGCUCAAGAAAAUAGCACUAAUUCAAACGCGUGGUUAAUUUAACAGAUGUUUCUGUCUAUAUAGUACAUACUUAAGACUUAUAUUAGCAUACCGACAGUCAAAUAGAAUUAGCCUUUAAACUCUUAAGAAUAUCAUUAAGUAAAUACCAAUUGUUUUCAUA